AGACGGCGAAAACGAUAGAACAAUGAAGUUAUUGGUGUUUCUGACUGUAGCAGCAUGUUCGACACAUGCUGAAGAUAUCAGUGGUUUAGUAAAUCCAAAUGUUAGAUUUUCCGGUGAUUUGUACGACGCUUUUGCACAAUUCGAUACAACUAUUCUCGGUCCGUUUUCUAUUCAAGCCGUUGUGGCUGUCACCGAAUCUGGUACUAAAGACACAACUGCUAAAGAAAUCAUGAACAAUAUGUUGAGCGAAGUCUACGACUGGCAAGUACAAGACACAUACGGAAGUGCUAUGCUCACGGUUCCAGCAAACAUAACAACGAAAAUGUUUUCCGACCCUGGUAUUUCAAUAACAGACGACUAUAAAGAAACAGAAAGUACUGUCUAUGGCGGUUCUAUAGAAAAUAUGGAAUUUUCCAAUGCACAAAUCGCCGCCGCAAAUUUAAACCACUGGCUUCAGGAACAAAGUAACGAUUACCUAAAUUCUAGUUUUUCUAGUACUGAUUUUAGCGAAAACAUAGCAAGUGUUACGUUAAACACCUUAUUUAAGAAGAUUACCUGGGCAAAUCCUUUUUCCGCUGAUCGGACCGUACUUGCAAAUUACACCUAUUACAAUUCUAAUGGCCGACUUACGUAUGAGAGUGUAUACAUGAUGACGCAAGAACCAGUAAUAUACAACUAUUACGAAAGUACGUCUCUCACCGCAACAUUUUUGGAAGUACCUUUUGAAGAUCCGGACACUACUUUGACUAUUGUUCUUCCUGAUACUGUGAAUGGCCUUUCUAGGGUUGAACAACGAAUUUCAGACGUUAUAAAAACCCAAGAUUAUAUACAAAGGCCUGUACAACUCUCGCUUCCUCGUUUCCAGGGGUUAGAUGGUCCCAGGUCGCUUAAGGAAAUCAUGCAAUCUAAGUUUAAUGUUAAUGAGGCUUUUGGUACCAAGGCUGAUUUAAGUGGCAUCGCCGGUUUUCCAGGAGAUCUUGCUAUAAAUGAUGUUUUGCACAGUUCUUACAUUACUUUCGGCGAAGACGGAGUGGAAGCGGUUUCGGAAGCUGCAGUUACAACAAAGUCUUUUCCACCCCGCAUUUUCGAAGCUAACCAUCCAUUUUUGUUCUACAUUAAGUACAAAGGAGUGGUACUUUUCAUUGGAAAGUACGUUCAUCAAUGAACCGUUUUAAGAUAAUAUGUUAUUUCUUUAGUAGACACAUUGUAGUUUAUUUUAUAUUAGAAAUUUAAAUAAAUAUUGCUCUAUUA